CCACCAACACGACUUUUAAUCAUACAAAUGCUAAUCAAAUGUCAAUAAUAAACUUAUCAACUGCUACUUGAUGAUAACGAACGGACCGUGUGAACUCUACAAAUUCAGUUUCAGUCAGUGGCUCGUUUUUGUGCUGAAACAUCUUCCAUGCGGGUGCGGCGCAUAACCCUAAGGAAAAAACGGGUGGACGCAUUGCAAAAUAACAAAAGUCGAUCAAAAAUAUUCACAUAGAAUUUAGAAAUUGUGCAAGGGAAAGGAAUAUAUGGCUUGCUUAUUAAAUCGGCUGGUGGUGCUGUUGGUGGUGGUGCUGCUGCCAGGCUUCUGCCUUGCCGAAGAGCCACGUGAUGGCGAUCCUCUGGUGAGCACCUCAUUAGGUCUCAUUCAAGGCACUUUUAUGAGCAGCUUUAGUAACAAGACGAUCUAUGCGUUUCGAGGAGUGCCCUACGCUCAGCCACCUGUGGGUGACCUACGUUUUCUGCCACCCAGACCCGCCCUGGCCUGGGGACCUGCGAUAUUCAACGCCACAUCCGACUCACUGAUCUGUCCGCAGACGGGCAUUACAUUAUUUAUGAGCGAGGAUUGCCUCAAGCUGAAUGUCUUUACCAAAAAUCUAACUGCCAGUCUGCCAGUGAUUGUUUAUAUACACGGUGGUGCCAAUGUGAUGGGCAGUGGUCACAGCCAGUACGAGGCUGGUCCACAGUAUCUGCUGGAGCACGAUGUGGUUAUGGUAGCCUUCAAUUAUCGGCUGGGCGCCCUGGGCUUUCUGUCCGGCAGUAACAAUGCCUAUCUGGAUCAGGUAAUGGCGUUGGAGUGGGUACAGUCUCAUAUAUCCAGGUUUGGCGGCAAUCCCAAAAGGGUAACCCUUUUGGGCUUAAGUGCAGGCGCCAUGGCUGUGAGUCUGCAUUUGGCCUCGCCCUUGUCCACCGGACUAUUCCAUGGAGCCAUACUCAUGAGCGGCUCCGCAACGAAUCACUUUAGCAUACACAAUAAGUUCUGGACGCGUCUCUUGGCUCGACAGCUGGCCUGCCCCAUGUACGAUUCUUUUGACCUGACCGAGUGCCUGCGCAAUGUCACCUGGCAGCGCAUUGUGGAAGUCUGCAGUGAUUGGGAACAGUACAAAUUCGUGAACAUGAAGUGGAACUACGAAAUCGAUGGCUACUUUAUGCCCCAGCACCCCAGCGCUUUGAUAGGCAGAGGCAGGUUCAACCGGGUGCCCCUGCUGGUCAGCUUCACCAGCAACGAGAUGGACUAUACCACGCUGGGGAAACUUGAGAAUGAUCUUCUGUUGCACGAUAUCAUUACGAACUUCAAUGAAUAUGCGCCGGAACUGUUUCUAUACGAAUACGAUGCAAAAAAGUCCAGGCGCAUCAAGAACUUCUAUCUGGGCUUUGAUACCAACGAGCUGAACGCCUCAAAUAUCGAGCAUCUCGGGCAAAUCUUCUCCGAUGGCAUCAUAGGACAUGGCGUUUACCGUCUGGUGGAGCUGGCACGCGAGUACACCGAAGUCUACUACACACGCAUGGACUACAUAGGCAAAAGGAGUCUUUCGGCGCCCCUGACCGCAGAGGGACUGCCCAAAGGUGUGGGUCAUGCGGACGACUGGCAGUACGUGAUGCCUGGCCUGUGGUAUGGCUCGCUCAUGAGCCAGGACCACAAGGAUAUCUUCAUGAUGGAGCGCCUAACCGGUUGGAUUACCCACUUUGCCACGACGGGGCAGCCUAUGUCCAUCUCUAGCCAAUUCUGGCCCCCCUGCAGUGAUACUCAGAUGCUGCUGCUCUACAACAACAAUGAUACCAGGUUGGGUCCACCCGCCUUCGUUGACCGCUAUGACGUCUGGGAUCAGCUUUUUCCCGACACACAUGCCAAUGGUGCUGCCCAAUGCCAACUCCAGCUCGUUUCUGUCGUCGUCGUCGCCGUCGGUGUGGUCCUCUCCGGACUGCUCUGUAAAUUAAUGUAGCCAUUAGGUGUGGAAAAAGCUUAUCAAUAGGCCGUUUAGAUUACGCUAAUGACGUCGCUUACUCGCUUCAGCUAUUUACUUUGAUUAAUUAAUCAGCAAAGGCGUGAGAUUUUCAGUGCUUGUGAAGAACUGUGUGUGUGUGUGUUUGUGUGUGUGUGUGUGUGCGUGCGAGUCUGAUUGUGGAGCUUGUUUUGGCCAGCGCCUUUGGGCAAUUAGUCUCCAAAGCAGCUUAAAUAUACAUUAAUUUGUCUUUAAACGGUUCUUGCUGCAGGGAGAGACGCCUUUUGACCUUUUUGGAGCUGUAAUUGUGCGAUAAUUUUUGGAAUUGACAGGUUCGCACAUGCAAUCGUUGCCACACCCUUGACUCCCGCCUCCAACCAACAGGCUCCCCCGCCCCACCACCCUCUUUCCGCUGUCGCGGAUGGCACUGCUAUUGACAUUUCAGAUUGGCAGCAUUUAAGGGGCUUGCUCUUGCGUGAAAAUCUCAGACAUGUGAGUGGUUGCAAAAGGAUUAUCCAGCCAUCCAGUCGUUUAUGGAGAGGGUGCAAAUAUUUUGGCAAGGGGUUGUUGUGAUGGGCGUUCUCGUAUUAUCUUGAUUGGGAGUUCAUAUAAAUAAUCGUCCACAAAUUGUCAGCAAACCAUCAGAGAGUUAAUUUCAAAACAUAAGGAAACUCUAUGGAAUUUAUGGAAAAACAGCGCAUUUUGAAUUGGAAACUUUGUACUUAACGAUAUGUUUAAUUCAAUAUAACUUUUUAUACCGAUAAAUUGUCUUCUAGCUACUUAUAUGUGCUGUCAAUAUAUUAAUAA